AUGGCCGGACACAGGCCCUCAGACUUCUCCCCACUGCCAGGAAGUGGUAGGGGUGGGCCCAGAGGGCCAAUGCCAGUGCGGGUUGGUGCUCCGGUCUGGUUGAGUGCCCAGGCGGUUCCCAGCAUGCUGAUGAUCCGGCCAGGGAUCAGCCCAGGCCCUGAGGGGUGGGAGGUGCCCCUGGGUCCACAACCCUACGGAUUCUACUGUGGGAUGGCACCCCACAGGCCCAGGAUCGGAGCUGGUGAGGCUGGGCCCCGAUUCCGGAGCCCCUCGGGGGGCGCCUUCCGGAGACCCUACAUGGUCCUGCAAUGCACCCCGAGUUUGGUGCUGCCAGAGGAUGUCUCAAAGGUAGAGAAAGAGAUGGAGCAGCUGGCCAAAGAGCUGAGGCAAAAGAGGAUGGCCCUGGGGUAUUCACAGGCCGACGUGGGGUUCGCCAUGGGGGCUCUUUUUGGAAGAGUGCUUAGCCAGACAACCAUCUGCCGCUUCGAGUCCCAGCAGCUCAGCCUCGCCAACAUGUGGAAGCUGCGGCCACUGCUGAAAAUGUGGCUGGAGGAGGUGGACACCAAGAACUUUCUGGGCAUACGCAAAAUGGAGAUGAUCCUGCGGCAGGCUCGGAAGCAGAGACGGGCAAGCAGGGAGAAUCGCAUCCGAAACAACCUGGAGCAACUCUUCUUGGAGUGCCCGAAGCCCACACCCCAGCAAAUCAGCUGCAUCGCUGAGCAGCUCCGGCUGCAGAAGGAGCUGGUCCAAGUUUGGUUCCAUAACCGGAUCAAGAUGGAUCGUCAGCCAACCAUUGAUUUCUCCCCACCGGCGGAUGUGGGGGCAGCCGGGCCUCCUUUCCCAGGGGGACCAGUAUGCUUUCCCCUGGCAUCAGGGAUCCAUUUUGGUUCCCCGCUCUACGAAGAGCCCUACUUUAUACCCAUGUAUUCCCCUACCCCUUUCCCUGUGUCAGGGACCUUCCUCUCUGCCCGAGUCAACGCUCAGGGCCACCCCAGGCACAGCCCCUCAGUUUGA